AUGGCGGCAUGCGCGCAGCGAGGCGGGCUGGCGGCAGCUUUGGUGGCCGGGCUGCUGCUGGCCUUCGGGCGGGCGGCGGUGGCGGCGGCGGCGGAGGGCUCGGCGGGGCCGCACCGCCGCUUCGAGUACAAGUACAGCUUCAAAGGGCCGCACCUGGUGCAGGCGGACGGCACAGUGCCGUUCUGGGCGCACACGGGCAAUGCUAUACCGAGCGCCGAUCAGAUUCGUAUAACAACGUCUUUGAAGAGCCAGAAGGGAUCGGUGUGGACCAAAAACAAGUCAAUAUUUGAAUAUUGGGAAGUCGAAGUGACCUUUCGAGUUACAGGCAGAGGCCGCAUUGGAGCCGAUGGGCUGGCAAUCUGGUUUACAGAGGAGCAAGGCAUGGAAGGUCCCGUGUUUGGGGCAGCUGACAAGUGGAAUGGUGUUGGGAUUUUCUUUGAUUCCUUUGACAAUGAUGGAAAGAAAAACAAUCCUGGUGUCGUUGUUGUGGGCAACGAUGGAAAGCUUCUGUAUGACCACCAGAACGAUGGCUCCACACAAGCAUUGGCCUCCUGUCAGAGGGACUUUCGUAAUAAGCCCUAUCCUGUUCGAGCAAAAAUCACCUACUACCAAAAAACACUGACUGUAUUAAUUAACAAUGGAUUUACUCCAGAUAAGGAAGAUUAUGAAUUUUGUGCUAAAGUGGAAGACAUGGUGUUGCCAUCACAAGGAUAUUUUGGAAUAUCCGCAGCAACGGGGGGACUUGCAGAUGACCAUGAUGUCCUGUCUUUCCUGACCUUCCAGUUGACUGAGCCUGGGAAGGAAGUACCCACAUCAGAUGCAGAAAUUCCUGAAAAAGAUAAGGAGAAGUAUCAAGAAGAAUUUGAACACUUUCAACAAGAAUUGGAUAAAAAGAAAGAAGAGUUUCAAAAGGAGCAUCCUGAUGUGCAGGGACAACCAGCUGAUGAUCCUUUCGAAAGUGUAAGCGAUCGUGAGCUCAGGCAAAUCUUUGAAGGGCAGAAUCGAAUUCAUCUCGAAAUCAAACAGCUCAAUAGGCAGUUGGACAUGAUUCUUGAUGAGCAGAGGAGAUAUGUUUCUGCAGUCACGGAGGAGAUUGCUAAAAGAGGAGCAGCUGUUUCAGGUCAGCAAGGACAGGUUUCCCAGCAGGAGAUUGAUACAGUUGUGAAAACUCAAGAGGAGGUCAUUAAACAAGUAAAUGAAAUGAAAAAUGCCAUGGCUGACACUCUGAGGCUGAUCAGUGGAGCUCAGCAUCCUGGCCCUGCGGCGGGAGUCUACGAAACAACACAGCAUUUCAAUGACAUCAAAGAACACCUUCACGUAGUGAAAAGGGACAUUGAGCAUCUAGUGCAACGAAAUAUGCCAUCUAAUGAGAAACCAAAAUGUCCAGAUUUGCCACCAUUUCCAUCGUGCUUAUCUACAAUGCACUUCUUCAUCUUUGUAGCAGUGCAAACAGUGUUAUUCGUUGCUUAUAUCAUGUAUAGGAGUCAACAGGAAGCAGCAGCCAAAAAGUUCUUUUGAUGACCUCUUCCUUUUGUGUGUACAUAACAGCAUCUUCGCUCCCUGGAACAUCAGUAAUUGCCUCGCCACUCACUGGAUCAAAGGAAAACUCCCAGUUACCCAGCCCAAACCCUGUCCCACCUGAGGUGAUAGCAACAAAUUCGGACUUUUGAGGAUAUCUGUCAGUCAGUAUGGCCUCUCUUUGUGGUGGGCUACUAGAAUUUUCUUUCAACACUGAUAUAGGGCGUUUCAUUUUGUCAAGUGAAAUUUCGGGACUUGCAGAUGAAGGCAACUUGGAAUCCAAUAUGUUUGACAAUAUGGAGGAGACCAAGAAAAUAACAGUAUUUGAGGUAGCAAAUAUUUGGCAGUGUCAAGGGGAUCUCAUUGUCUUAAAGCUUAUUAAAUAAACGGUCGUAAUGGAAUCUCUCUAGCAAAUUUCAGUCAUUUGUGAAUUACUUUGUUGGUUGAUUGGAGAAAAUGACAUCAGUACAUCGAUUACUGUAACACUGACAACUUUCUACUGUUUGAAAAACAUAACACACAGCUGACAUUUCCUGUUAUUUGUUUCUGACUGAUGUAAACAGAGGGUGGGACUUCAGAGAUAACCUUAUUUGAAUAAAGAUGCAUAUUUUUAAUAAA